CGGGGCCUCCACGAGCCAACAUCAGCUUUGCAGACUUUUCGGAGUCGGCGCGAUGGCGUGUUCCCCUUGAAGCGCCCUCGUCGGGUGGGCCUCCUUCAUCUAGCCCAUCAGAAUCCUACGAAGCUCCGUUCCAGUGAGUCGACACGCCAGUCAGUAAUUUUUCGCGAGGAGACGCGGGCUCGGUUCAUCGGGUUUGACGCGCAUCCCUCGACGAUCGCCAUUACCCCUCGCGGACGUCGUUGGUCACCGGCGUCUUCAACGCGAUCGAUCUUCAAGAGAGAAGAUGAAUAAAUUGUGCCGUCAAGUCUCCAUCGAGAGCCCGAGCGUGACCGGCCGGGAUUGUGUCUUCAGCUUCGAUGUACCCGUGCCGGAGGUACCGGAGCACGGUGCCCGCAUCCGGGUGAUGUGCGCCGGUGCUUGUUACCAUCCCCGACGAUCGCCGAGUCUAACCAGCUUGACCUCGGUCGAGAGUGCAGGCAGUAGCCUGGCCGCCGACAUGUCCGUGGAGAGUGAUUACCCGGUGUCUAUACCGCAUCAUGGGGUACGCGACGCCGCUCUGUUCCCCGGCUACGAGGUGGCCGGUGUGAUCGAGUCGUUCGGCACCGAGGUGCCCGAGGAUCGCGAGCUCGCUGUAGGAGACCGCGUUAUUCUCUAUCCCUACGACGGCAUUCCCAAUGGCUACGUCGAAUAUCUGGUGGUGCACGAUCUCAAGUACCUGAUCAAGCUCCCGGACAGUAUGUCGCUCAGCGUGGGGGCUAUGCUACCGGCCGGCGCGCUUCUCGCGAUGAACACAGUCUUUGCUGCGCACGAGCACGUGCAGGCAUUACUGAAAGAGAGGGGCGAAAACAGCGUGUGUAAGAUUCUGGUAGUUGGCACAGGUGGUCUUGCCUUGUGGGCCCUCAGAAUCGCAUCGUAUCACUUCAGUAACAUGAGAGACAGAGUCACUACUACGAUAGCCACUCUCAAGGAUGAUGGUCUUCAAAUAGCUCAGGAGUUCCAACGGGUGAACGUGGUACAGUGGAACGAGGAUCUCUACGAGAAGCAGCUAAUCGAACGCACAAUGGAUGCCUGCGGUGGCCAAGUCGACGUGGUGAUCGAUUUCGGCACGACUUCACGCAACCUCCAUCGUAGCAUGCAAUGCCUAAGUAAGGGCGGCGUGGUGUUUGUGAUCAAGGAGGUCGCGGACCGGCUGCUGCCCAAGUUCAGCCGACGAGCGGAAGAGCGGCAGCAAUCCAUCAAACCGGUGGAACCGGGCACGUUGGAGCAACUGCGGGAGCUGGUGCAGCUCGUCGCCUCCGGCGACAUCGAGCCGCCCCCGCACACCGUGUAUCCCGCCGAGGAAGCUCUGGACGUCGUCCAAAAGCUUUGUCACUCGGAGAUCCAGGGCCGCGCGAUUCUUCGCUUCUAUCCCGCGGACUAGAAGAUUUUCCGUUAAGAGAAUUCUCCGCGAUCGCGGAUCGGGCGACAGAUUCGACGACGACGACCGAGAAAGUCAGGCCCCGGCCCGGGUGAUGAGAAUAACAGCUGAGGUUGCUAUACGCGUGUGUGUUCCGAAGUUUCCACAUGUAGAAAGACUAUCGAGUGCAGGAGUAUAAUUACUGCUUCACAUAUUGAGGGCCGAAGUUUAAAUAAGGCGUUGACGUGUGUAUGUCCUGUGGGACGAUAGUUUGCGAAUGAGGGAAUUUGAAUGCAGGGAGAACGCAGAAAAUGGUCUUCGUAGAAUGGAGUGAUACGUUAAAUUCGAAGAGAUUUAACCCACCGAAGAUCUCACAAUAAGACCCACAAACUUUGACGAUACACGAAUUAUAAGAGAGUUGACGAAAGAAAGAUGUCUCGAUUUAUAGCUGAUCAAAAAUUAACUUGUUAACAUUUGAUAAAAUCUUGUAGCAACAGCAACACGAAUUACUGCGCGAAUCCAAUUUGAUUUUAUCAGGUAUUUCGUUGAGUGAUUGCUAUUUUUAAUGUUGACGUGUCAUCUUCAAAGGAAAGUUUUUCUCAUAUAAUAAACAAAAUCUUUUCUGUAAAGAAAUUUUUUCCCGGAAGUUUACUGAUGAAACAAAGCAGAUCAUUAUAGUUACUGCUUAUCACUUCAAAGAUUAUACCACUUUACGUCUCUCUUUUAGACAACGAGCAAUUAGCUCUCGCAAAUGGACAGAGAUAAUCAUGUGUGAGUCGAACCGAAAUCAUGCCAGAUAACAGCCUAGGCAGCACGAAAAAAAAUGACAUAAAAUUGUUAUGCCGACAAGAAAAGAACAUUAUCGUCGAAGAAACGACGCUCUCUAUUUCCUUUUAAUGGAUGUCUAAUAUUUGUCGUUUCUUGGCGCAACAUGAAGUAUCCAGGAUAACAUUACGAUUUAUGCGUACUUGUACCGAACGCACUAAUGGAGUCACGAGCCACGAGUAGUUAAUGUACGAGAAGGAUAUUCCGUUUAGUAUUCAAGAAUUGUUGAAUGAAAACAUGCUGAAUGGAGAACAUGGAGACAGAGCAAUACAAUUGCGCGUUCCUUUCGAUAUGCAUAAAGCUUUAUCAUAUCAAAACGCGCACGAUAAUAAGGUAAUUUUGACUUCCAUCCGAUGUGUGCAGUUGAUUAUUUUCAUUAAGAAUUAAUGAGCGUUACCGGCAACUACAAAAUAGUCAUAUUAACUAUAUGUUGUCUUAAAUAUUUAUAUUGUAGCUAAUACGGGUACUUAAAGUCGUUGGUGCCUAGAAAUAGUGAUAAGAGGAUUAGAAAGGGAAAGACGACUUCAAAUAAUUGUAUUAACUAUAUACUUUAACCGUAGCUAAUAAUGACUAUUUCAAGUUGCUGGUAUCUGUAGAAAUGCUGAAAGUACGAGAAGGAUUAAAGCUAUAAUAUUUUUGCUGAAAAUAGAUGAAAUAUUGAAGAUUUUUUCCUACAAGGCACUUUAUUGAUAUCACUGUUGAGUAUUCGAGCAGAACGUUCGAAAAAAAGUCUGUAUUCAAACAUUUGGAAUGCGAUUUUAAACGAUCUUUGUUUAAUUAUAUCAAAUGUGUAAAAUAUUGUUAAACAACCAUGUUGAAUGUAUAUAAACAUGACAAGAAUACAGAUUUAUUACAACAAAUUCGAUAUGAUUAGAAGGUUUUAGGAUUAAAACAGUGAUUCACGAUAAUUGCAUAAUGAGCGACCUUGUUGAGCACACAAUUAUUUCAAGCGGUAGUUUUUACGGCGUUUACUGUUAUUUGUUUUAAUUAUCGAGAAACUUUGCUCGCGACAAUAGUGGCGACAAAUUGAUGUCUCUUUUAAUUAUCCAAGAUAUGUGGAGUCAACUAUAAUUGUUACAUGUUCCUCGAUAAUUAAAUCGACACCGAUGAAGGUAUACCGCUGGCGCAGUACAAAACGUACCGCUACAAAAUCCAGUAACAAGUCCGAUAUUUACGAGCACACUUCAAUGCAUAUACUGCAGUGAUGUUGCAGCGCAGGAUCAAACGUGUAUAUUUAAUGUCAAUUCAGGAAUAAUAAUCGACUGGAUGCGCGCCUGUUUCGAGCGCCUAGAAUAAGUUCCCUGGUUAAGAUAAGGAAUGUCGAACUGUAAUAAAUAUCUGUCCUACCAUAAAGUGAGAUGUUUUCGCAAUAGCGAGGUAAUCCCAGAACUCAGUGAAUAAGCUAGCGUGUCUGCAAAGCUAUAGGAAUGCAUGCCCUGCACAAAGAUUCACAUAGUUGCUCCUUUGCGAGGCGAAUUUAGAAAAUAAUCUCUCUAAUCGUUUACGUAAAUGCACCCAGGUUCCAUUUUGUAUGAUUUAAAAAUAAUUAAGACAAGUUCCUUCGCAGCACAUGUCUAGUUGUAGUUUUCUUAGGAAUUCUGGCGUGAAAGGAAUAUCCGCAAGAACAUUUUAGUGAAUCGAUAUAUCGACACCUUUAACUAUGCCUAAGUUUCCUAAUAUGUUUUUCGAUCCAGAGACAGCCGUAUAAUGAUGCUAUAAACUUAAAUGCAUCAGCGUUGGCCACGCCUGACGAUAAUUCCCUAAUUAAACCUUCUUCCCGAGAUCCAGAUCACCUCGCUACAUCGUUAAAGCGACUUUAUAUGGUACCGUGCGAAUAUUUGCGUAAGAGGAGUACGUUAUUUCGUUAAGAUUCUAUCCAAUAUAUAUUGAGAUUGUAUUUAAAGCAUAAUCGUAUGUGAGAGGGGUGCACGUGAAUUGCGGUUUCAAGGUCAAAAAAGAAACGAGCGAUCGUUAAUUAUUAGAUGACGAGUGGUUGCACGAUACUAACCCCGGGCCUUGCCGUCAUAUCUGCCGACGGUUUCGCGAAAUCUUAUUGUUAACGAGCGACAAAAUCGCGGAUCCGAAUCUUAUCAGCUUGACCGGCACAAUAAGAGCAUUACACUUUAUUCAGCGUGUACAUUCGUGUCCGGAAUAUCUCGUUGAUCGUCGUUUAUCGUUAGAUCAGUAUUCACCUUUUGCUUAGCGUAAGUUAACGUAAGUUCAUUCGCGACAUUACUUGCGACAUAAUACUCGUGUCGAUCGCAAGUUACUGUACCUCAGAAAGACUGUUCUGUUUAUUUUAAACGGUAUACCGAUAGACCUUCGUUUAUAUUAUUUUUUAUUGUAUGUACGUACAAUUUAAGCGAUAGCUUAUAGGGCUGUAGCACAUCAUGCAUCGUGUAACUAUUGUAUCUACUGUCGAUUGUAACAGUAAACGCAUUAUUAUAUUACGGUGAUAAUAUAA